AUGUCUGAAAAGCCUUCCAUUCAACCUGCCACCAGCAACACGUACACUGGCUAUCCUCAGAACAGACUUGCAUAUACCGGCUCUACUUAUCACCAAUUCAACACAGGCUUGAAUCUAUCCAAUCCCCCUCCGCUCGGCAACAUGCAGAACCUCAAGGCUACCUUGUCUCCCUCCAACAACUUCGAAAGUGAGCUGGGUGCUGUCAACCGUCAAGGAUACAACAGCCCCCUCAUGAUGCUCCCCUCAGGACAGACCGUGCCACUCACAGGCUUUUAUGGUCCAAAUCAAUCCUCUACUGGAGAGGUUUCUGCACACCUGCCCUACGUCCCCAGCGGAAUGUUCCCAAGCUUCAUUGGAAAUACUACCAUGGCCGGUUCUUCUCUUGCACCCUGGCCUUAUGGGAUGUCAGCCAACGUUGCCGGGUUUGAUCCCUCACGUCGUGGUUCUUGGUCCUCCAACGAAGAGAACGCUUCUCACAAUCAGGCUGCUGCCAUGACAGGCCAACCAGACUACUACACUGGAUCGCCAUACCUACCAGCAGCGUUGAAUGGACAGCACUACAUUGCUGGUCCCAUUCAGCCAAUGAAAUGCCAGGACAACAAGUCUUAUGAGAUGGUCAAUCUUGACGAACUUGUCUCUCGAGAGCCCCCUCUUCCUCGUGCUGUCCCAGCCCUCUGGACCAACCAAGAAGAACUCAGCCUUGCUAAGUGCCUCCAGAACCCGGAAGGGAUCACCAAUGUCUACAUACGUGGUUUCAUGCCCGAUACCACAGAUGAAGAUCUCGAAAGUUGGGCAUCCCGCUUUGGUGAGAUCGAGUCUUGCAAAGCCAUCAUCGAACAGGACACAGGCAAAUGCAAGGGGCAAGUCUACCAACGAUCUGACAAGCCAUGA